UUAAAUUUCAAUGCCACGUGUAGAAAAGUAAGUCUGCCAUGUAGCUCAAUUUUAAAUGAAACUGACUUGUGGAAUAAUUCUAGCUUUCCCAGGAAGUAAUUGGGAUUCUACUCAGUCUGCCUAUCUCAAAAGUAGAAAGACAAUAUAGUCAAUCCAGAGGAAGAGCUCAAUAGUCAAUACUACUCUUUCUUAGACUGAACUUUCAUUUUAACAUCCCAUACCAAGUUUCUAGGAUUUUGCUUCUUCAGAAACCGCAGUUCCAAAAGAGGUUGUGUUCUGAAAAAUUGUUUCAGCAACUGAUGAUGCACAAAACUAAGAAGUAUGAAGUGGGUAAAACGAAAAAGGACGAACAAGCCAAGCAAAAGAAGUUUGAGGGUAUAUUAAAGCAGCUAACUCCUUUGAACUUUGAAGAGUUGUUGGAGCAAGUGAAGGCUAUUGAUAUUGAUAAUGCUGGCACACUUCGUGGUGUUGUUGCACAGAUCUAUGAAAAAUCUCUUAUGGAGCCUACUUUCUGUGAGAUGUGUGCUAACUUUUGCUUUCACCUUUCUGGAGAGUUGCCUGAUUUUAGUGAAUAUAAUGAGAAGAUAACUUUUAAGAGAUUACUUCUCAAUAAGUGCCAGGAGGAAUUUGAGAGAGGAGAAAGAGAGCAAGAGGAAGCCAACAAAGCUGAUGAGGAGGGCGAAGAAAAACAAUCUGAAGAGGAAAGAGAAGAGAAGAGGAUCAAGGCAAGGAGACGGAUGUUGGGUAAUAUUAGGUUGAUUGGGGAGCUGUACAAGAAGAAUAUGUUGACUGAGAGGAUAAUGCACGAAUGCAUUAAGAAACUGUUGGGUCAACAUCAAACUCCUGAUGAGGAAGAUGUUGAAGCUUUAUGUGUGCUGAUGAGCACAAUUGGGGAGAUCAUUGACCAUCCAAAAGCUGAGGAGCAUAUGGAUGCUUAUUUUGAUUGCAUGAAAAUCUUAUCAAAUAAUAUGAAGCUAUCAUCUAAGGCCAGGCUAAUGUUGAAGGAUACCAUUGAUCUUAGAAAGAAUAAAUGGCAGCAAAUUAGGAGAGUAGAAGUGUGUAAAACUGGAGACGAGGAAGAGGCCAAGCAGAGGCAGUUGAGGGCUAUAUUAAACAAACUAACUCCUACAAAAUUUAGCAAACUGCUUAAGCAAGUGAUAUAUGUUGAAAUGGAUAAUGCUAAGACGCUCCUUGGUCUCGUAGGACAAAUUGUUGACAGAGCCCCCAUGGAGCCUACUUUUUGUGAGGUGUAUGCUAACUUCUGCUAUCAUCUUUCUGUAGAGUUGCUUCGUUUUUGUCAAGAAAAUGAGAAUAUAUCUUUUAAAAGAUUACUUGCCAUUAAGUGUCAGAAGGAGUUUGAGAAAGGAGAAAGAUUAAGAGAAGAAGCCAAUAAGGUUGAUGAGGAGAGUGAAGUAAAGCAAUCUAAAGAGGAAAGAGAAGCAAAGAUAAUUAAGGGGAAGAGAAGAAUGUUGGGUCAUAUCAAGUUUGUUGGGGAGCUGUACAAGAAGAAAAUGUUGACUGAGAGAAUAAUGCAUCACUGCAUUAGAAAACUGUUGCAUCAACACCACACUCCACAUGAGGAAAAUCUUGAAGCAUUAUGCAUACUGAUAAGCACAAUAGGGGAGAUCAUUGACCAACCAAAGUCAAAGGCGUUGAUUGAUGAAUAUUUAGAGAAGAUGGAAACUCUAUCAAAUAAUAUUGAACUAACAUCUAGGAUUAGGUUCAUGUUGAAGGAUGCUAUUGAUCUCAGAAAGAAUCAAUGGCAACAAAGAAGGAGGAUUGAAGGGCCAAAGGAGAUUCAGGAAAUUCACUACGAUGUUGCUCAACGUCGACAGGAAAAAUCAUGUAGGCAGGGCUGUGGUCUAGGCAUCAAUCUAUCAAGAAGCUGGGAGCCUAGUAAGGAUCAUUUUACAAGAGGGUCGGCUGUGUUAUUCUCUCCCAGUUUUCAGCUAGGCAGUCAGAAUGUUCAUUUAGAUGUGGGGCAGCCUUUUGAGGCCACGACCUUAUCAGCUCCCUUAACUAAAAGACCAGUUUGUGGUGAUGCUAGUACUUUUUUGUCCCAAGAUGGUAUUUCUAGAGUAGUGUCCAGUAGAGGAUCACUUUCACCGUCAUUUUCUUCACUGGCUGAUAGUCCUAGGAAGGAUCUCAUUCCAAGGAUGUGGCUCGAAGAACUGCAAGAGAAGUCAAAGGCAGCUAUUAAAGAAUUUUACAGUGCUAGGGAUGUUGAGGAAGUUACUCGAUGCAUUAAAGAGUUAAACUCCCCAAGCUUCCACCCAACAAUGGUAUUUAUAUGGAUCACAGACUCUUUUGAGGAAAAGGACAUGGAAAUAGAUCUUUUGGCAGAACUUCUUGUCACUCUUACCAAGUCUCACACCGAUACUUUGAGUCGGUCACAGCUCAUUAAAGGGCUGGAAUCCGUUUUGGUAACUUUGGAGGAUAUCAUAAUUGAUACCCCUAAAGCACCAAAGUACCUUGGUCAAAUAUUAGCCAAAAUCAUCAAGGCAAAUGUGGCUUCAUUGGGAGAGAUUGGUCAGUUAAUACACAAUGGUGGAGAGGAGCCAGGCAGUCUUGUAAACACUGGGAUUGCAGCUGAUGUUCUUGGAAAUAUCUUGGAGAGUAUCAGAGAACUAUUUUGAUGAGAAUAUCUCAUACUCUAAUCUGCAUUUGGAGACAAUCCUACCGGCAAAUCCUUUGAAAUCAAGGACUUUAGAGAGAUUCAUUCAGGAUUGGUAGCAAUGCUCAUUGUAAUCUUGUUUAGAUCUGUUAAGAUACUUAACUAUUGGAUAGAUGGAAUUUUUAUGAGGUUUGGAAAAGGUUGUCUUUAUAAUUGCCUCUUCUUUGGUUGGUCUGGAAUCACAUUUGGUUGAAAUGUAUGUAUUAUUAUAUAUUGAACUCUGUUGGUGUGAUAUUAAAAACUUUGAUUUGUGUUA